AUGAGGAGACUGAGUUUGUGGUGGCUGCUGAGCAGGGUCUGUCUGCUGCUGCCACCGCCCUGCGCACUGGUGCUGGCCGGGGUGCCCGGCUCCUCCUCGCACCCGCAACCCUGCCAGAUCCUCAAGCGCAUCGGACACGCGGUGAGGGUGGGCGCGGUGCACUUGCAGCCCUGGACCACGGCCCCCCGCACGGCCAGCCGCGCCCCGGACGGCAGCCGGACAGGCGCCCAGCGAGAUGAACCUGAGCCAGGGACUUGGCGGCCCCCGGCGCCCUCGCCGGGCGCACGCUGGUUGGGGAGCACCCUGUAUGGUCGGGGGCCGCCGAGCGUACGGAAGCCCGGGGAGGGCGACCGGGCCGAGACCCUGUGGCCUCGGGAUGCCCUUCUCUUCGCCGUGGACAACCUGAACCGAGUGGAAGGGCUGCUGCCCUACAACCUGUCUUUGGAAGUAGUGAUGGCCAUCGAGGCGGGCCUGGGCGAUCUGCCGCUCUUGCCCUUCUCCUCCCCUAGCUCGCCGUGGAGCAGUGACCCUUUCUCCUUUCUGCAGAGCGUGUGUCACACCGUGGUGGUGCAAGGGGUAUCGGCGCUGCUCGCCUUCCCUCAGGGCCUGGGCGAGAUGAUGGAGCUCGACUUGGUCAGCUCCGUCCUGCACAUUCCAGUUAUCAGCAUCGUGCGCCACGAGUUUCCGCGGGAGAGUCAGAAUCCCCUUCACCUCCAACUGAGUUUAGAAAAUUCAUUAAGUUCUGAUGCUGAUGUCACUGUCUCAAUCCUGACCAUGAACAACUGGUACAAUUUUAGCUUGUUGCUGUGCCAGGAAGACUGGAACAUCACCGACUUCCUCGUCCUUACCCAGAAUAAUUCCAAGUUCCACCUGGGCUCUAUCAUCAACAUCACCAUCAACCUCUCCUCCACUGAGGACCUCUUGAGCUUCCUGCAGGUCCAGCUUGAGAGCAUUAAGAACAGUACACCCACAAUGGUGAUGUUUGGCUGCGACAUGGAAAGUAUCCGGCGGAUUUUCGAAAUUACCACCCAGUUUGGGGUAGCACCCCCUGAGCUUCAUUGGGUGCUGGGGGAUUCCCAGAAUGUUGAGCAACUGAGGACAGAAGGUCUGCCCUUAGGGCUCAUUGCUCAUGGAAAAACAACACAGUCUGUCUUUGAGUACUAUGUACAAGAUGCCAUGGAACUGGUUGCAAGAGCUGUAGCCACAGCCACCAUGAUCCAGCCAGAACUUGCUCUCCUUCCCAGCACGAUGAACUGCAUGGAUGUGGAAACGGCAAAUCUCACUUCAGGACAAUAUUUAUCAAGGUUUCUAGCCAACACCACUUUCAGAGGCCUCAGUGGUUCCAUCAAAGUAAAAGGUUCCACUAUCAUCAGCUCAGAAAACAACUUUUUUAUCUGGAAUCUGCAACAUGACCCCCUGGGAAAGCCAAUGUGGAUACGCUUGGGCAGCUGGCAGCAGGGGAAGAUUAUCAUGGACUAUGGAAUAUGGCCAGAGCAAGCCCAGAGGCACAAAACCCACUUCCAACACCCAAGUAAGCUACACUUACGAGUGGUUACUUUGAUCGAGCAUCCAUUUGUCUUCACACGGGAGGUAGAUGAUGAAGGCUUGUGCCCUGCUGGCCAACUCUGUCUAGACCCCAUGACUAAUGAUUCUUCCAUAUUGGACAGCCUUUUUAGCAGCCUUCAUAGCAGUAAUGAUACAGUGCCCAUCAAAUUCAAGAAGUGCUGCUAUGGAUAUUGCAUUGAUCUGCUGGAAAAGCUAGCAGAAGACAUGAACUUUGACUUUGAUCUCUAUAUUGUUGGGGAUGGCAAAUAUGGAGCCUGGAAAAAUGGGCACUGGACUGGGCUGGUGGGUGAACUCCUCAGUGGGUCAGCCCACAUGGCAGUCACUUCCUUCAGCAUCAAUACUGCACGAAGCCAGGUGAUAGAUUUCACCAGUCCUUUCUUCUCAACCAGCUUGGGCAUCUUAGUGAGGCCCCGAGACACAACAGCUCCCAUUGGAGCCUUCAUGUGGCCACUCCAUUGGACAAUGUGGCUGGGGAUUUUUGUGGCUCUGCACAUCACUGCCAUCUUCCUCACUCUCUAUGAAUGGAAGAGCCCCUUUGGUAUGACUCCCAAGGGGCGGAAUAGAAGUAAAGUUUUCUCCUUCUCUUCAGCCUUGAAUGUCUGUUAUGCCCUCUUGUUUGGUAGAACAGCAGCCAUCAAACCCCCAAAAUGCUGGACUGGAAGGUUUCUGAUGAACCUUUGGGCCAUUUUCUGUAUGUUUUGUCUUUCUACAUACACAGCGAAUUUGGCUGCUGUCAUGGUAGGUGAGAAGAUCUAUGAAGAGCUUUCUGGAAUACAUGACCCUAAGCUACAUCAUCCCUCUCAAGGUUUCCGCUUUGGAACUGUCCGGGAAAGCAGUGCUGAAGAUUAUGUGAGGCAAAGCUUCCCAGAGAUGCAUGAGUAUAUGAGAAGAUACAAUGUACCAGUCACAUCCAAUGGAGUGGAGUAUCUGAAGAAUGAUCCUGAGAAACUAGAUGCCUUCAUCAUGGACAAAGCCCUUCUGGAUUAUGAAGUGUCAGUAGAUGCUGACUGCAAACUUCUAACUGUGGGGAAGCCAUUUGCCAUGGAAGGAUACGGCAUUGGUCUCCCUCCCAACUCUCCUUUGACCUCCAAUAUAUCCGAGCUAAUCAGUCAAUACAAGUCACAUGGGUUUAUGGAUAUGCUACAUGACAAGUGGUACAAGGUGGUUCCCUGUGGCAAGAGAAGUUUCGCUGUCACUGAGACUUUGCAAAUGGGCAUCAAACACUUCUCUGGACUCUUUGUGCUGCUGUGCAUUGGAUUUGGUCUCUCCAUCUUGACCACCAUUGGUGAGCACAUAGUGUACAGGCUGCUGCUCCCACGCAUCAAGAACAAAUCUAGGCUGCAAUACUGGCUCCACACCAGUCAGAGAUUACACAGAGCACUAAAUACAUCAUUCGCAGAGGAAAAGAGGCAGCGUUUCAAGACUAAGCGUGUGGAAAAGAGAUCCAAUGUGGGACCCUGUCAGCUCACUGUGUGGAAUACGUCCAAUCUGAGUCAUGACAAUCGACGAAAAUACAUCUUCAGUGAUGAGGGGGGACAAAACCAGUUGAGCCUCCGGACCCACCAAGACAUCCCUCUCCCACCAAGAAGAAGAGAGCUUCCUGCCUCGCUGACCACCAAUGGGAAAGCAGACUCCCUAAAUGGGGCUCAGAACUCAGUGAUGCAGGAGCUCUCAGAGCUGGAGAAGCAGAUUCAGGUGAUCCAGCAAGAGCUGCAGCUGGCUGUGAGCAGGAAAACAGAGCUGGAAGAGUACCAAAGGACAAAUCGGACUUGUGAGCCCUAAGUGGCCACGCUGCUCUCUUGUGUCAGUUCCUGGCCUUCCUCUGAGACCUUAAGACACUUUGUAAUGCUCUUUUGUAACUACUGACCAAGGUGGGGGGAAGCUGAGGUCUGGGUCUUCUUAGAGGUCAAGUCUGCUCUCCCUAGCCUGCAAAGCAGCAAGCAAGCUCAUUCCUAGGUCUCCAGGGUAGGAGUAUUUUUCAGAGCAGGAAUCUUACAUUAGUCAGAAGUAAACACCAUGUGAGGGAUCUGUGAAUAACCAGACAACCCCAGCUCCUGUUAAUCUUUUCACCUGGCGCCACAGUAACAUUUCUGGUUUUUAGCCCUUUCUCUGCACUAUCAACAGGAGAUAAAAUUGUUACUCAUACCUGUGUCUUACUGGGUUGUUGGUUUUAAUCUUAGUAUAGAGCAGAAUUAUUCAGGGUUGUGACUUUUGAUAUAAUUCUCCAGUGUAGAUUUGUUCCUACAGUUUGAAUGGGGAGCCAGGGAAGAGCUAGAGAAACUUAUGACAGGAAGGUGGGUACUUAGAAAAAUUAACUGAACUCAUUCACAUCACAGCAGUCCAAGGAUUGAUUGGAUCAGGCAAGAGCCAUGUUUCUGAAAGGGUCCUGGAUUUCCAACAUCAUGCUGACUAACGUUUAGUAGGAACAGGUUUACAUGCCACUAUGAAAGGGAACAGGGGUGUGGUGAGCGGAGAGCACAGGCAGAAGAGGCAUUAAAAUGUAUACCAUGCUUUUCAAACAAAAGCUCUGGGCCAGAAAAGCAAUUUGGCUAAGCAAUGAAAAGGCCCAUACUUCUAAUCUAAUCAAGCAUCUCCACUAUAGUGUGUGCCUUUCAUGAAGGAAAGAGAGAGAAGCAAGGCAAGGAUGCGACCUUAGGAUGAAACUGGAAUAUUCCUGCUAAUUGCCUACACAGGACAUAUGAGCUGGCACUGUGAGUUAAGGGAAGAUGUUCUGCAAGCCAUACAUUUGGCUAUUUUCAGAUCAGCAGUCACCUGUGUCUUAGCUAUAGGAAUCCCAGAAGUGAACUUCAAGCCUGUGAACGCCACAAGCUUAAACAUUCAGGAAUGUGCCCUGUGCUUUUCAUGUCUAUAUGGAUCACUAGCAAGUCGGUCUUGCAGCCUCACAUCCCCUCAUCUGUGAGAAACUGUGAACAGGCACUGGCUCCUCUGACUCUCCCCCAAACCCCAUCUAAUGCCCCCAAGAGACUGAUAUGAGUAAGCUGUUUCCCCUCUGCCUAGGCAUCCUUGUUCCAGUGUGCAAAGGCUUGGACACGCAGAAAGGGAAAGGAAUACGUGAACUAUAGAACUUCAGUUCUCAGUCACCUAGGAACUCAUCAGGAUGCUGACUGCUACGGCUUUUCUCCCAAAGGAUGAGAUGGGAAAGGGGGUGGAUGUGGGCUGAGAAACCUGUUACCAACACUCCUAGGUGGCUGACAUGUGGUCUAAAAAUUACUCUUCAAGAAACAUUGUUCUAGAAAUUUGGCUGCUCCAGGCAUGGGGAGAAUUGAGAAGAGCCUUUGUGAGAGUUUCUCAAAAGGUUUCAGCACA